AUGCAUCUACCCACGAGCCCCCACAAAGCGUCCAGCGAGGCGGAGCAAGCAACAGAAUGCUCAACACCCAAACGGCACACAUCGAUUCGUACACCCAGUCCGUCUAUCACAGAACGCGUCACAACUCCAGAAACUGCCCGCCCACGUAAUGCACCCUCCAACGCACCUCCAAAACAGCGUCCCGGCCUCCAACGCCGCCGCACAACAGCCCGCACACGCUACAUCGACAUGCUGCUCGGCCUCGAUGCCGUCUCACCGCUGCACAACAUCCUCGCCUCCCUUUUCGUCUGGAUUCUACUCGCCGGCUACGUUGUAUUUCCCGCAACCUUCAACAGCCUCCAAAAAGCCUCUUACGACGACAAAGCAGAUUCGGCGCUUAAAGCACAUGCCCUAGCGACGGCGCGGAACCUGCCUUUGCUGUAUGUUGCAGCGGUCGCUUGUGGGGUCGGUGUGCUGGGGUGUGUAUGGUUGUGGUGGAAGCAUCGCGGAAAUUACGUGUGGGUUGUUAAUCGGAUCUUCUUGCCGAGUUUGCUGAAUAGUGUUGCGGGGUUGGUGAGUACGCUGGUGAACGUGUACAGUGCUCAGGAAGGGCAGUACUCAGUCACUGCGAAGGUGACGCUUGUUGUGACGGCAAGUUGCUCGGUCGUUGCUGCGGGGUUAUUUCUGUUGUAUAAUACUGUGAUGUUGAGGCUGGUGAAGAGUAGGCAUAAGAAAGAGGUAAGAGCUGCGGGAAGAGAUGGCGAAGGUGUCAAUGCUUGA